AUGACCAAGUACGCCACCCUGCCCGACAUUGACACCUCGGGCGCAGACGUGUUUGAAACGCCCGACGUCCCACAGGAGCACUCUCGCUCGCGCGACUCGGACUCGGACGACGACCUCGCCCUCCUCGCCCGCUCAAACUCGCCCACCGCACUCCGCCGCACCGCUCCAGCAACCUCGCACCAGCCUCAAGUCAACACCGACAUCGACGCAGACCGCCUCGACGCCACAGAGGCCCGCCGUCGCUUUGGCGACGCCACGAGGGCGAGGCUCGACCGCCAGCAACUGCGCGACGACGCCGCCGCGCGCCGCCCGUCCCGCCGCGUCCUCCCGCCCGCGCGCGAGUACGUCGCCCACGCGCCGUCGUCCCUGACAGGCGACGAGACGCCCCUCGAGCGCCUGCGCCGCCUGCGCAGAGAGGUUGCCGAGCUCGAGGAGGACGUCGAGCGCGAGCGCGACGAGGCUGGCGCCGGCGCAGAGUCAGGCUCGGGUGCACGAGGAGCAGGAGCAGGAGCAGGAGCGAGCGAGGGCGCCGAGGGCUCGUCGGCCGCCGGCGAUGGAGCAGUGGCAGGAGCGGGCGCCACCGAGGCCAAGGACGGUCCCUCACCGCCAUCGCAGGCCAAGAAGGACUCGCGCGCCGUCUCGCCCGCCGUCCUCCUCCAGCAGCUCCACCUCCUCCGGGGCGACCUCGCCGGCGUCGCCGGCGCGCUCGAGGGCCCUCGCGCGACAGCGACGGCCGAGGGCGCGCAGGGUGCAGCGGGCGGGCUCGCGGCGCGUGCGAGCGAGUCGGCGGGCUUGCUCGCGCGGCUCGGUGCGCCGGCGCCGGCGGCGUCGGGCGCGGGUCCGGCGGGCGAGCAGCAAGGCGCUGCGCCGGCGGGGGCGGCGGGCGACAAGGCGAAGGCGAGUGGACGGGGCGACAUGGGCGAGGGCGCGCUCGAGCGGCGGGUCGCAGAGCUCGAGUUGGCGCUCGGCGCGAGCGGCGCAGACGUGUCCGAGUCCUCGCCGCACCCCGCCCCUCUCCUCCCUACCCUCUCCCGCCUCGAGCACCUCGUGACGCUCCUCACCCAGCCGCGCCACCUCGACAGCAUCUCGCGCCGCGUAAAGGUCCUCGUCCAGGACCUCGAGCGCAUCCACGACUCGCGCCGCAAGCUCGGCGACUCGAGGCCGCUCAACGUCGCGCUCCAGGGCGGCAUGACGCUCGCGACCGGCGGCGGCACGGGCGCACCGUCGUCCUCGUCGACCGCGGCGGCAUCGGGUGGAUCGGCAGCCCCGGCAGCCAACGCCGGCGCGCCCCAGCUCCCGCCCGACGCCGCCCAGCAGCUCUCGUCGCUCGCGGCGCUCCUGCCGCGCAUCGAUCCGCUCCUCCCCCUCGCGCCGCGCCUCCUGUCGCGCCUGCGCUCCCUCUCGGCGCUGCACGCGCGCGCCGCCGCGUUCGGCGACGAGCUCGGUGCCACGCGCGACGAGGUGCGCCGCCUCGCCGAGGCAGACCAGGGACUGGGCGAGGUGCUCAGGGGCUUGGAGGGCAGCGUUGAGGGGAACGAGGAGCGCACGAGGGCCAACUUGGAGAGCGUCGAGAGGAGGGUCGAGGACGUCGUGAGGAGGCUCGACGCCCUGUCGGCGCCGGGCAAGGCGGCGGCGUGAGCGGACGAGGAGCCAUCCUCUCUCUCUCUUGCUUCUCCGAGGUCGAUGCAACGAUGCGCCGGUCGCGUCG